AUGCGUGAUUCUGUGCUAUGGGCCACAGCCUUGAGGGAACAGCUCUGCCUAUAUCUUGAUGGGAAUGAGGACCCUGAGGUCACCUGUUCAAUUGGGGGCCCAAAUGAGGAAAGCGUCCUCUCUGCGGAGACCGAGUCUACUUGUGACCUCACUCCUGAGUCUGAGUCCAGUCCCUGGAUUCAGUACCCCACAGUUGGCUCACUUUCUGCCAAGCAACCAACAGUGUUUACUCUGAGCCCCUCACUUCGAGAGGCUCACAAGCAUAUUCUCCUUGGGAAUGUGAACAUCAUUAUCAUUGGUUUGGAGAAUGCUGGUAAAACCGUUAUUGUUGAGGCCUUCCAAAGACUACUACCUAACAGUAUGAAAAAUCCCUUGGGUUCUGAACUGACUACACUCCUGGUCGAUGGGUGUGAAGUUACCAUCUAUGAUCUGAGUGGAGAUCAAAAGGGCCAAGAAAUCUGGCCAAACUAUUAUACACAAGCACAUGGAAUUGUUUUUGUUCUGGACUCCAGUGAUUUAGGACGAAUGCAAGAAGCAAAGAUUAUCUUAACACGUCUACUAUCAGAUAAGCGAGUAGCAGGGAAACCCAUUCUUUUUCUAGCAAAUAAACAGGACAAGAAGGAUGCCCUCCCACCCUGUGACAUCAUUGAAUAUCUACUAUUGGAUAAACUACUACUUGAAAGCAAUUCUCUCUGCAGAGUGGAGUCCUUCUCCGCCAUCAAUAUUCGCCAAAAAAGUAAUAAUCAAAUCAUAAUCAAAGGUCUGCACUGGCUGUUAGCUGCCAUUGGAGAGCAAUAUGAAAAUCUGAACCACCAAAAGUCGAGCAUCUCAACCUCAAAGAAAACAAGAGAAUCUAAGGAAAGAGGCCCAUUAGACAGAAUCUCUGCCAGAUUAGGAUUUGGGAAAUAUAAAGGAAAACGUAAGGGAAAAUGCUCAGUGGAACCUAGGCCCCUAAAGCCAAUCCUGCAGAAAGAAGGUUUAGAAUUAAAACAUAAAAAGAAUAUAUCAGUAAAAUUUGUUUUGGAUGAGCCCAUGGAGGAACCUGAAUGUUCAGGAUGGCAAAAAGCUCGGAACAAGGCUGUUUCGCCAAAAUCAGAAUAA